UUGUUCCUGUGAUGCAGUGAAAAAGAGAGCACCAUCUUGUAUGCCUGUGACUGCAGCACUGAAGCUCUUGAGAGAGCUAAAGAGAUCAUUAAUGCUGAUAACUCAAUCUCUACUAAGCAUCGUUUUCAUUCAUUCCAAUGUGACUUUUCAACCCUUGGAUUUCCUAUGUGGUUGGCCUGCAAUACUUGUAGAGGAAGUUUCUUGGAGAAGCAGUUUCUAGGCUUCCCAGGCGAAGACAACUGUAAGAUAGAUAUCAAUAGUCCUUCCUGCUCCGAGGAAAAUAAGUGCUGCAUUGGUGGAGUGGAUUUCAUUACCUUGAUUUUCACAUUAUCAGCCGUACCACUUGACAGGAUGCCCACUGCUAUUACCCAAUGCUUCUCUAUUUUAAAGCCGGGUGGUCUGCUUUUAUUCAGGGAUUAUGGUCUUUACGAUAUGACCAUGCUUAGGUUUGAGCCUGCACAAAGAGUGGGAUAUCGAGAAUACUUGCGGUCAGAUGGAACACGAUCUUAUUUCUUCUGCUUGAAUAGCGUGAGAAAUUUGAUGUCUGCUGUGGGCUUCACUGAGCUUGAGCUCGAAUAUUGCUGUGUGAAGUCAGUGAAUCGCCGGAGCGGGAAGAUCAUGCGAAGAGUAUGGGUUCAUGGGAAGUUUCAGAAGCCCAUCUGUGAUUGAAAGCAGAUUACUCGUCUAUGGUGGCAUUAAUCAGCUCUGGCACAUCAAUUAUCUUGAUUUCAAUCACUUUCUUUGUUAUGCCCUUUUUAAAAGGUUAUGCCGUGUGCUGACACAGAUGUAAAAUUUAUUUAUCUGUAAUUUAUUCUCAGCACGAUCUCACCGGCGCCUUGAGCGCAAAUUUUGAUCAAAAGCCUGGAGAGAAUCAAAAUGGAGUGGCGAUGAGAAACCUAUUACCUUUAAGCAUUACAAAUGUUCGUGUAAAUUUGCAUGCAAAUUGGUAUCUUCAAAAUCACUUUUGCUAUCUA